CGUGAGGGGGCGUACGAAAUAUAUCCCCCCCAUCGCAGUCUCCCAGGCCCUCGAUGAUGGAGGAAGACGACGGCUUCAUUCUCGUCCCCAGACCGGGAGCCGAGCAGGCUGCGGGUCGCCAAAGCGCUCCCGAGUACCUGUCGGACAUUGACAAGUUCAUCCACGGUCUGGAGCCUUCACUAUGGCCCUUGAAUACAUUCAUCCACUACAACCCGGAGCUGGGCUACGAGGAGUACAAGGCCCACGAUGCCUUGACCAGCUUCAUGGACUCACACGCAGGCUGGAGUGUUACGCGAUCGGCGUUUGGUAUGGAAACGGCAUGGCUGGCCGUGUAUGACAGCGGCAGACCCGGACCGGUCGUGUCAUACAAUGCAGAAAUGGAUGCGCUCCCUGGACUCGGUCACGCCUGUGGUCACAAUCUCAUCGCCGUGGCUUCAGUCGCCGCAGGUCUCGCUUCGGCCGAGAUGCUGCGACGGCACCGUCUCGGCGGAAAGGUCACCAUCGUCGGCACGCCGGCCGAGGAAGGUGGCGGAGGCAAGAUCAAAUGUCUCAAUGCCGGUGCCUACAGGGACGUGGACGUAUCCAUCAUCUCUCACCCCGGGAUCCUCAACAACAGCCCCAUGGUUCGCACAACCGCCUUCACCCACCUCAACGUCGUGUACCACGGCCGCGCAGCCCAUGCGGCUCGCAACCCAUGGCGUGGCAUCAACGCACUCGACGCCAUGGUGGUCGCGUACAACGCCGUCUCGAUGCUGCGCCAGCAGACGCGGCCAGACGACAUCAUAGGCUUGCAAAUCACAGACGGCGGGAACAAGCCCAAUGUCAUCCACGAGCGUGCCGGUGGCGUGGCCGUCCUGCGCGCCACCAGUGCUUCCAGACUGCGCGAGCUGCAAGCCAAGGUCGAGGCGUGCUUCAGGGCCGGCGCCGAGGCCACCGGGGCCAAGGUCGACAUCGACGUGGUGCCGGGCUACCUGGACCACGUUCCCAACAGCGUGCUCGCAGGAGCUUUUGCCAAGUACUGGCAAGCAUUGCCCGACGUGCCGGAGCCGCCUUUACCGCUGCCGGGACAGUUCACCUGGGUCAAGGCCAGUACGGACCAGGGCAAUUUGAGCUAUGCUCUGCCGAGCAUGAACGUCAGCUUUGCCAUUCCUCCGGGCGUCGAUGGUGGACAGCCGCAUAGCCCGGACUUUGAGAAGGCUUCGAGCACCAGAGGAGCCUUCGACAGGGCCAUGAGGGUCGCCAAGGCCAUGGCCGGGACGGCUAUUGAGGUCUGUGCGACCCCUGGGCUGUUGGACCAGGUACGGGCGCAGUGGAGGCGGGACAUGGCCAGGCAAGAUGGACCUUGAGCGGCAUAGCUGAAAGGCCAUUCAGCUCUGGGCAGAGUUCCUUGCGCCGCGUAGUUGUCUGCGCUUCCCUGAGACCUGAUGCCAUCUGAGCUUGGCCUAGGGUCUGUGCUGCGCGUUCAGACUAGACUAAAUAAUGAUACCGUCGGGCUGGCUUAUUAGCUGACCCAAUUUGAUGACACACAACGUGUUGUAGCCUUUUGCGGACAGCUCGAGUGGUUGCCAGCGCCAAUGCUGCAGCUUGCUUCAGACUUUGGGACUGAAUGAAAACUUUCUGCGCCGACCCAU